AUGGAUCAAGAAAAACCAGAAAGUACUAUGAAUCACGGAAAGAGAUCACGACCUUUGUUAUUGCAACCAAACGCCAAGAUUCCCAGAUUAUCAGCAUAUGCAAACUCUACAUCUAGUUCAGUGCUAAAGAAUUCAAAGAAAGCAUCGUCUCACUCAAAGAAGAUAAAGGUGUUGUAUAACGCUACUGAUGUUCCAGCCCCUGGCACACCUGUUCCCGACAAGGUUGUACGUAAAGCUGGGCCAUAUUUACUUGGGCCAAAAUUGGGUCCUAGUCCAGUUAAGAGCAUUGUACAGUGCCUGGCACGCAAGGAGAAAAGUGACGAUUUCUAUCAAAUAAAAAUACUUACGUUAAAGCCUGAGGGGCAGCCUGAAACACAAGAUGAUAGACAGGGGAAAAUGCUGUUACAUACAGAGUAUUCAUUAUUAUCAUUAUUAGAGGAUCGGGAUGGUGUGGGACAUCACCAUGGACUUUUUAAGGAUCAUGCUCUAGAAGAAGCGCCCAACCCAAAUGGACCUGGUUUUAUUUAUACUGGUAGGGUGCGACAGAGGCUCUUUCUGGUGCUUGACUGUGUCAGUGCCCACCAAUUUAGUGAAAAAGGGAGCGAGUUAAUUAAUUUACAACAGUAUGUUACAAAAGUCAAGAAAGUACCUGAAAAAGAGGCAAUUUUGAUAUUCUAUGAUAUUGUGAGAGUAGUUGCUAAUUUACAUAAGAGAAACAUAGUACACAGAGAUCUAAAAUUAGGCAAUAUUGUAUUAAACCAAAGGACAGGACGGGUGAUUUUAACAAAUUUCUGUUUAGGAACACAUCUUGGCAGUGAUAGAGACUUAUUAAAGGAUCAGAGAGGAUCUCCAGCGUACAUAUCACCAGAUGUUCUAAUGUGUAAGCCUUACUUAGGCAAGCCAUCAGAUAUGUGGGCAUUAGGAGUUGUUCUAUACACAAUGUUGUAUGGACAAUUUCCAUUCUGUGAUACAAGUCUAGCCCAGUUAUUUAGUAGGAUACAAGCUGCAAACUAUAAUAUACCACCGGAUGGCAACCCAGUCCAUGUUUCUGACAACACAGUUUUUCUCAUACAGAGGCUGUUGGUAAAGGAUCCUAAACAUAGACUUGUCGCCGAUCAGGUGCUAGACCAACUAUCUAGUAUUAUAGCUAGUUAUGUGGUUGUGCCAAAUCCACCGGAAGAUCUGCAAGUCGUUCCAGAUAUUCCGCUAGAGGAGGUGAAAGAGAAACCGUCUGAGAAAAGUAGCGAUUUGGAGAGGAAACCACUUUUCUCGGAUGCAGAGAGAACGCCCAAUUCUAGUGACGAGUUAGGCGUAUACUGCGUUCCGUUACCAGAUUUCCUAGCCUUAAAUUUCCCUUCCCCAACCCGCGUUCAACAAAACAGUAUUCUGAUUCACCCCACAACAGACAACCACACGACCAAGCAAAUUUCCAUACAACGAAUAGGCCGCGACGCGCGUCCCCUUCAGCCGAACGAAAUAGCUCGAUAUCAACAUCUAUUUUCCCGCAAUCAAGAAAACUCGAGAAUCCGAAAUUUAGCACAACGCAUUCCGCGUCUAAGCUCUGUUCCGUCAACGUCGAAUUCGGAAUUCCGCGCGAUUCCAUGGCCCGAACGGAGAAUCGAUAGAUUAGAUUCGGAUUACGUUUUGCGUAUUGCGGAUUCGAGACGGAUUAUGAACCCGCCUCAGAUACACUCGGUUAAUCCGGAAGCGGUUGUUAAUAACCCCCGAGCGCCUACUGACAAUGAUCUCGAAUAUAAUUAA